AUGUGGAUAAACCUCGGAGGUUUUAAGCGCCAAAUUCCGAGAGAGAGACUUGAAAAUGGCAGCAGCUGCUGAGCUCUUCUUGUCUGGCGGAGGAGGAGGAACCACCGCUCUGUCCAAAACCCUAUCUCUUGUUUCUUCCCCAUUUCCCAAAUCAAUUCUUCAUCUUCUCCGCACCACUCCCUCCUCCCCUUCCCUUUCCCUCCACCACCACCACGCUUCUCGUCUUCCUCUCCGCUUGCUCUCCGCCACUGAUCAUCUCGACGUUUCCCUAACAGACGACGACGACGAAGAACAAGAACUAGAACCAGAAGCAGAAGCAGAGGGAGAUGAGUCCGACGUCGAUUUGGACCUCAACGCCCUCGAACAAGACGCCCUUCUCGCCGUCCGAGACUUCUCUUCAUCUCUCUCCAACCAGCUCACAAUCGAAGAUGAGAAAACUGAUCAAGAGGCACUCGGCCGAAAGCAGAGGAGGCAGAAAACUCCAAUCAAAAAUAAAACUAUCCCUGACCAUCUUCUUCCGAGAGUUGCAAUUGUUGGAAGACCAAAUGUUGGUAAAUCAGCAUUAUUCAAUCGACUUGUCUCGGGGAACAAGGCAAUUGUAGUUGAUGAGCCAGGGGUCACUAGGGAUCGCCUGUAUGGUGGAUCCUUUUGGGGGGACUUUGAAUUUAUGGUGGUCGAUACUGGUGGUGUUCUUACAGUUUCAAAGUCACAGGCCAACGUCAUGGAAGAACUGGCCAUUUCAACGACCAUUGGUAUGGAUGGAAUUCCACUUGCCUCCAGAGAGGCAGCGGUUGCAAGGAUGCCCUCAAUGAUUGAGAAACAAGCUACUGCAGCUGUUGAAGAGUCAUCAGUCAUUAUUUUUCUUGUUGAUGGCCAGGCUGGUCUAACUGCGGCUGACGAGGAAAUUUCAGAUUGGCUACGUAGGAACUUCUCAGAUAAGUACAUCAUUCUUGCAGUCAACAAAUGUGAAUCUCCACGUAAAGGAGUCAUGCAAGCAUCAGAGUUUUGGUCUUUGGGGUUUUCGCCGCUUCCUAUAUCUGGUAUAUCUGGAACUGGAACCGGAGAGCUUCUCGAUCUUGUGUGUUCAGGCCUAAAAAAGAUUGAGGAUCCUGAUGAUUUUGCUGAACAAGAAGAUUAUGUUCCUGCAAUUGCAAUUGUUGGUCGACCAAAUGUUGGUAAAAGUAGCAUUUUGAACGCGUUGGUUGGAGAAGACAGGACAAUUGUUAGCCCAGUCAGUGGAACUACUCGCGAUGCUAUUGAUAUUGAAUUCACUGGACCAGAUGGACAGAAGUUCCGGCUUAUUGACACUGCCGGAAUCAGAAGAAAAGCCGUUGUUGCUUCAUCAGGUAGUGUGACGGAGGCUUUAUCAGUUAAUCGAGCAUUUCGUGCCAUUCGCCGUUCUGAUGUUGUGGCUCUUGUCAUUGAGGCCAUGGCUUGUAUCACAGAACAGGAUUGCAAGAUUGCUGAAAGGAUAGAAAGAGAAGGGAAAGGUUGCCUGAUAGUUGUAAACAAAUGGGACACUAUACCAAAUAAAAACCAGCAGACUGCAACAUACUACGAGCAGGAUGUGAGGGAAAAGCUUCGUAUUCUCGAUUGGGCGCCGGUUGUAUAUUCAACUGCACUAGCUGGUCGUAGUGUUGAUAAAAUUAUCAUGGCUGCUAGCACUGUUGAGAAAGAACGGUCAAGAAGGCUUACGACUGCUGUGGUAAAUCAAGUGGUACAGGAGGCACUAGCUUUUAAAUCACCACCUAGGACUCGAGGUGGCAAAAGAGGACGUAUUUAUUACAGCACUCAGGCUGCUAUAAGGCCACCAACAUUUGUAUUCUUUGUUAAUGAUGCGAAACUUUUCCCUGAAACUUAUCGUCGCUAUAUGGAGAAGCAACUGCGUUCAGAUGCUGGGUUUGCGGGUACUCCAAUUCGCCUUUUAUGGAGCAACAGGAGGAAGACAGAAAGAGAUGAAGGGAGAGCUACAACAAGGACAAAAGGGAAUCUUGUGCCACGUGACAAAAAAUUGGAAUUAGCUACAUGAAGAUGGGGAAUGUUUAGGUAUCUCUGAACCGGUGACUAGUUUUGUUGUGCAUGCAGUACGUCCUAGUUAUCAGACAUUGAAGAUAACCAUGUAAAAGCGAGUUUGACUGAUUAUACAUAAUAUUUGGCUGAGGUUGGGCGAAAAUUUUAAGCUGGAUCAUGUGCAAGCCAUGUUAAAGUCAGGGAUUUGCAGCAGGAAAAGAUCAUCUCAAGCUUUUUUAUGGAAGAUGAUCACUUUCUGGAAUUUUAAGUGGUUGGCAUGAACAUAUUAUGAUAACGUGGACCACAGUUUCAGGUCUCGGCCUUUGUUUUCAAAUGUUAAUGCUCACUUGAAGUAACAAGAAGUUGUUUCUAGUAGAAAUCAGCAGCUGCAGUUUUGGGAAAGGGGAUGAACCCAUUCCGGUGAUGGUACUAGUCACUAGAUCAAGUUUAUAUGAAAGUCCAUCCUUUGACUCCCUUUGACGUGUAUGGUGACUGAUGGGGGGGAUGGAGAACCACCAUAAGAUAAUACUUUCCUUUGUGCCAUCAGAUGAAUGGGCAACUGUUUUGAAAUGCUCAAAGGACUUGAAUCUAUGCAAAUUUUUGCCCCUA